CGGGGGCCCGGCUGAGCCGGCCGUCGGAGCGAGACCCUGCGGCAGAGACGACGGAGGCGGAAGCGACACGAUCGCGGAGGCGGCGGCGGCGGGAGGAGCCGGAGCCGCCUGGGAUGUUCAGUCAUGAAACGAGUGCGCACCGAGCAGAUUCAGAUGGCAGUGUCCUGCUACCUCAAACGCCGGCAGUACGUGGACUCCGACGGUCCCCUGAAGCAAGGACUGCGGCUCUCACAGACUGCUGAGGAGAUGGCAGCCAACCUCACAGUCCAAUCAGAAUCCGGUUGUGCCAACAUAGUGUCUGCAGCCCCUUGCCAGGCAGAACCCCAGCAGUAUGAAGUACAGUUUGGACGACUACGGAAUUUUCUCACUGAUUCUGAUUCCCAGCAUAGCCACGAAGUGAUGCCUCUCCUCUAUCCUCUCUUUGUCUACCUCCAUCUCAACCUGGUCCAGAACAGCGCGAAGAGCACAGUGGAAAGUUUUUACAGCCGCUUCCACGGGAUGUUUCUGCAGAACGCUAGCCAGAAGGAUGUCAUUGAGCAGCUCCAGGCCACUCAAACCAUCCAGGACAUCCUGUCUAACUUCAAGCUUCGAGCAUUCCUAGAUAACAAGUACGUGGUCCGUCUCCAGGAAGACAGCUACGACUACCUUAUCCGCUACCUCCAAAGUGACAACAACACCGCCCUGUGCAAAGUCCUCACCUUACAUAUCCAUCUUGACGUGCAGCCCGCCAAGAGAACAGAUUACCAGCUCUACGCCAGCGGCAGCUCCUCUCGGAGUGAGGGCGGCGGCCUCGAGCCCACCGACAUGCCUGCCCCUAUUCUACAGAACGAGGCUGCCCUGGAGGUCUUGCAGGAGAGCAUCAAGCGUGUCAAGGAUGGCCCUCCCUCCCUCACCACCAUCUGUUUCUAUGCCUUCUAUAACACAGAGCAGCUGUUGAACACUGCAGAAAUCUCCCCAGAUAGCAAGCUGCUUGCUGCGGGGUUUGACAACUCCUGUAUAAAACUGUGGAGUUUACGAUCCAAGAAGUUAAAAUCAGAACCCCAUCCAGUAGACGUGUCCCGCAUCCACUUGGCUUGUGACAUUCUGGAGGAGGAGGAUGAUGAGGAUGACAAUGCGGGCACAGAGAUGAAGAUCCUCCGGGGACACUGUGGACCAGUAUACAGCACCAGGUUCCUUGCAGACAGCUCAGGGUUGCUCUCUUGUUCUGAAGACAUGUCCAUUAGGUACUGGGACCUCGGCAGUUUCACCAACACUGUGUUGUACCAAGGACAUGCCUACCCUGUGUGGGACCUGGACAUUAGCCCGUAUAGCCUGUACUUUGCCAGCGGGUCCCAUGACCGCACCGCAAGGCUGUGGUCAUUUGAUCGGACGUACCCGCUGAGGAUAUAUGCCGGACACCUGGCAGAUGUAGACUGUGUCAAAUUCCACCCUAAUUCAAACUACUUAGCCACGGGCUCGACCGACAAGACUGUCCGGCUGUGGAGCGCUCAACAGGGCAACUCAGUGAGGCUCUUCACGGGCCACCGUGGCCCUGUGCUCUCUCUCGCCUUCUCUCCCAACGGUAAGUACUUGGCAUCAGCCGGCGAGGACCAGCGGCUGAAGCUAUGGGACUUGGCCUCUGGGACCCUUUAUAAAGAACUGAGGGGCCACACGGACAAUAUCACCAGCCUCACCUUCAGCCCGGACAGCAGCCUGAUCGCGUCCGCGUCCAUGGACAAUUCCGUGCGCGUCUGGGACAUCAGGAACACGCACUGCAGUGCACCUGCGGACGGCUCCUCGGGCGAACUCGUGGGCGUGUACACCGGGCAGAUGAGCAACGUGCUGAGCGUGCAGUUCAUGGCCUGCAACCUCCUUCUAGUGACUGGAAUCACACAAGAGAAUCAGGAACAUUAAAUUUUUUUUUUUAAUCUUUUGUCGUAAGGGACUGGGGCAGUCGUGGAAAGCCUCCGGGCUGCCAGUCUUAGGACACAUUGAGAUCGAAUCACUGACUGACUGUGAAAGACUCCCUGCUUCUCCCCCCCACCCCCUGCUCCCCCCAGCCCCGCCUCCAUCCCAUGCAAACAUCCUGAGCUCGUCACCCCUUCGCUCGCUGUCCCCCCGCCCCCCCAUAAUGUCGAAGGACCGGAGGGGGAAGGUGCUGUGAUUGGACGUGAGACGGAGAAGGAAGAGGCUCCAGAGGUCAGACUGCGAGUUCCCACAAAGAUCCCGCCUGUGUCCUCGUGUGAGCACCUUUGUGUCUCUGUCUCAUUUUCCCGUGCGUAAGAGAUGCUGCUUACCUCGCCGCCGGGUGCUGCGUUUGGGUCCGAGGAUGGUUGUAGGGCACCCUUACGAGGAGCGGUGCCACCUGCUCAUGGCUGCUCCGUCGGCCGGUGCAGGGGGCUCUUUACUGGUGUAGGAAGGCAGGGCUGGGAACUAGGACGAGGGGCAGGGGUCAUCCUGGCAAAAAGUCUCUCCUUUUCCGUAAUUACAGAGAACCAGGAUUUUUUAUUAUUAUAAUUAUAAUUAUUAUUAUUAUUGAGAAGAGGAAACCUAGCACUGGCAGAGGGGCCUUCUCUGCUCUCAUCUUUCAGGUUUUACUCCUGGCACUGGCUGUGAUACUUGGAAUCUUGAGGUUCAGGGAAUUCAGAGAAUUGGGUAGCACAGUGUUUGGGGAGAAAGGGAAACUUUCUGGGUGAUGGAAGGAUCACUCCAGCUGACAUGUCUAGAAGUGGGGCGGGUGGGGGGAGGGUUGGUUUGAGAAAGUCCUGGGCUCCCGCAGUGAUGGUGGGAGAGGAAGAGGUUCCUCACGGCUGCACUUGUAUGAACAGUUCUCUCCCCCGAAAGGACAGAUGGUGGUAAAGAAAUGAAAAGGAUUGGAAGCGAUAAGUCAAAAGAUAGAAUUAGAAGAUGUGAAAUUUCCAAAUGCCCAUUUAUUUGGAGGUGCGAGGCUCUCUCAACGUCUUUUCCUCCUGCCAUCAUUGGCUCCCACCUCCUGCAUUGCAAUAGCGGUUUAACGAACACUUUGUGAAACAAAUCGUAAGUACAUAUGCACGCAUCCAAAACUGUGCUUUGAGGAUAAAGCGAGUUCAAAUUCAUGGAAAAAAGGAUUAAAUAUUUCUGUUUUCUGAAAAGA